AUGGUCCCCGUUGAGCAGCUCAUCAAAGCAAGGCUUCAUGGCUCGAUUCUCGUCGCUGCCUUCGGCUUUAACUUCGCCUAUAAACGUACCCUUGCGCACGCUUCUCGCGCCUGGCUCGAAGAAAGCGCCUCGGCCCCGAACGGCACAUGGGGAAGUUUCGAAGACUUUGUAGACGCAUCGUAUAGCGAUCUACUCGAGUCUGACGGGAAGCCGAAGGGGCUGAUCUCUAUUUCAAUACCCUUUUACGCAUGGGCGACCUUCAAGUUUGGCUUUGGCGCGUAUGCCUUCCAAGCCAGCAGCGCCGGCUGGUGGUACCUCAUGGAUAUGAAGACGGAGGAUACGCGGCUUAUCAUACCGCUCAAGAUAUUCGAGCCGUACAACCUGAAGCCGGGAGUCCGCCAGGAAAACGUGAUGAAGGAGGUGGACCUUAGACCGCUCUGGUGCAUCUGUAGAGAUGGAACCUUGGGCGUUCCCGUAAUCGGGGAGCUCCCUGAGCUAUGUCGCGGUAACGAGGCUUUCGAGCGCGCUGACGGUAGUCCGCGGAAGACCAUGAAAGUGAAGAUCAAUUGGCCAGGGUACGCACCGUCGGACAAGCAGAUACGGCCGCUGAGUGACAAGGGCGAUCGUUCGAUCAAACGACUCAUGACUCUGGUGGCUGGCAAAGUCUGUGCCUUUUUGGACGAGCAUGCUACGGCAUGCACGGCAAAGAUGGGCACAGAGGCCGCCUAUGUUAUCGGCACCCAGACGGGGGAGAUAUCCUCUCGGGAUGUUCUUCUGCUAGGUAUUGUGAUUGUCUCUGAAGGUGCAGCGACGCCUAUUUUGAGAUUGCGCGACGACUUCCUCUCACAGGGCUUGGUUUGA